UAGAUUUUUUAUUAUAAAACAAACAAUAGCAUCAAAUUUUUAAGCAAUGGAGAAUAGCAUUGAUCCAGUAAUCAAAGAGAUUCCAGUAUUUUUAUCAACAAAGCUUGCUGAUAAGCUGUUUAUAUUUCAAUAUCCAAUGAAAGCAGCUCAUGAAGGGUAUGAUAAUGCAACCUUUACUAAGACUGCAAUAAAGCCAGAAAACCAAGAAGUUGUAAUUGAAGUUCAAAUUAAUACACAAGAUUCUCACUAUAAUGUUAAUAAAGGGCAAGCAAUUGCUGCUCAUGCUGAAAUGUCUUCAAAGCGAGAUCAAGAAGAAGAUGAAAGAAUUUUUGAUAGCCACACAAUGGAUAAAAUAAUUAUGCAAUCAUCAAGGGCCUUACCAAACUGUGAUAAUUAUGCUAUUGGAGUUUUUCAAGAUGGUGAAUUACAUAUAACUCCUCUGAAGGGAAUUGUACAAAUGCGUCCUGAAUUUAAUUAUCUGGAUAAAAUUGAAAAACGAGGAAAGGAUGAAGGAAAAAAUACUGAUACCGAAGAAGAAGAUGAGCCUGCAAAACAAGUAAAUGUAACAUUUGCAAGACAAGUUCCAGAUUUCAUUAAGAAAAUGAGGGAACAGUCGUUUCAGACACAUGCAAAAAAAUGUUUAGAAGAGCAAUGGAUAUCAUGUCAGUAUAAGCCAGCAACAAGUUCUCUAUCUGAGUUAACUCGAAUGGAAAUGUUCUGUAGUACCAAUGAUGAGUCAGCAAAUAAUUUAAAUUUAUCAACAAAACAGUAUUUGGAUUUACUCGCUCCUCCGCUCAAGGAAGAACAAUUUUCAAAAGCUAAUAUUCCCAGUCAUACAACAUCCCUCAGUUAUAUUCGCACUUUACCAUUACUUGACCAAGUCAGAAUAUUGAUGAAAGAUGCAAAGGUUAUGUCUUUUGCACAAUUGCGAACAAUUUUGUCCACCGAACAUGAGACAACUGCUAUUCUUAAAUACUUACAACAAGUAGCAGUGCUUGUUCAGGGAAAUUGGGUAGUAAAUAGCGAACUUAUAUAUCCAAAGGAUACAAUGUCUGCUCACAGUGGUAUCCCUGCCGAGCUUAUGUGUAGAGCUAGAGAUUAUGUUCUAUUAUCAUUCACUGAACAUGAAUUUGUCGAUAGAAGAGCAGUCUCUUCUAUUGUCAAAUUACCAGCUGAAGAAAUAAGGGAAAUUUUUACUAAUAUAGCAAAACACCAACCAAAGAAAGGUUGGCGUUUAAUAGUCAAUCCCAGUAAAGAAUUUUCUGAACGAUAUCCUGAAAUAUCACAGCGUCAGGAGAUAUUUUGGGAGGCGAAACGCAAACACUUGCGUGAGGCGAUGGAAGCACAAAACCAAGCUCCUCAGCGGCAGAGGCGAAAAUCCAAUCGCGAAUCCAUAGGUUCGGAGAACGAAGAGCGCAACAUUGGUCGCGGCAUUUCUGGUCGGAAAUUAAUGAGAGAUUCUUCCGUCUCCGAUAAUGAUAGCGCUCCCGAGAACAUCAAGCAAAAGAAAAUCAAUCGAAAUAGAAAAACAUCCGAAACCUCCGUAUGAUAAAAAAUUUGCUUAGAUAAAUGGAAGGAAUCUUGGAAGUGAGUAAUCUAGAAAUUAGAUCAUGUGUAUUAUACUUUUAUUUUUUCUUUGCCUAUUUGUACAUUAGGUGAAUGAUACAUUCCCAAUGGAAAAAAUAUAUGGCAGUCUUAGUCUUAAUUGUGAAUUCAUUUGAAAUUUAUUUUCAUUUCAAAUAGGAACAAACAGAUAUUUAAAAUUCAAUAUA